AUGUCAAAUGAGCAAUUUGCCAACUACCUCUCCGACUUGAGAAACAACCGUGUAUCGCGACCAAAUGGCGCAAGACCUUUGCCUGGCAGCAGCCGCCGCGAGACAGAGCGGGCACCUUCUACAACUCCAAUGGCCCCGCCAGCAAAUGACAAUCCUGACACCCCGAAGGCCGAGUUCCCCCGUUCCGCAAGUGCCAUGUCCCACAACCGCAGACAGUCUUCGCUUUCAAACUAUUCGUCCAUAACUUCAAGAUCUGGCCGGCAACUCGUGCAACCUCCAGUCCCAGAACCAAUUGCGCCCUUGAAGCCUUCCGAGGUCGUUCCAAGUGCUACAUAUAUUGAACGAGGUCUUAGAUGGAUGGAGAAGGAGGAGGCCGUCUCCUUACGCGAAGCGAUGGAGGACAUGGAUCUCAAGAAGCAAGAAGAGGAGGAAUCUCGAAUUCACGCGGCAGCACAAGCUGAGGCAUCAGAGUUGGUUUACCAACAUCAAACCCCUGACGCCGUUAAGCCAGAUGCUCCUUAUCGAUACAACGAUCAUCUUAGGAAAAAUAGCUAUGCCCAUGCCAGAACAGCCAGUGUCGGGCGUCACAGUGGCACGUUUAUCGCUACGGGUUUGGCCAGAGACAUCGCUCCACGUUCUGUUUCUGGUAGCUCGAGCGGUAGUGGGGAGAUUCUCUCAUCACGAAGCCGGGUCUCGAGUGGUUCCUCUGACGGGUACCAAUACGAUCGAACAAUUACCCCUGACAUUAGCGUUCGACACUCGCUAGAUUCUUCAAGAGAUACAACUGUUCCAAACAGAAGCAAAAAGCCUUAUGGAAGCAUCUCAGGCAGGUUCCGAAGCAGUUCCCGCAGAAGAAGCAGCGCAAAGAGGAAUAUCAGUGGAGAAGUUAGCAGUACCUUCACAGGCUCGCAGAUAUGGGAAGAGCCGGAGGAAAGUACACCUCGGGGACGCAGCCAAGAAGAUGCAGAAAUACCAGCCCCUCUGCGUAUCAAGCCUCGCAAUCCCCUAAGCCGUGUACAAUUUGUGCAAGAUGCCGGACUACGUUCAAACAGCACUCCGCCGGAACCAACCAAGCAUCUCCACAGAACCGAGAUUUAUCGCAAUCCACCUACUCAAUCCAGAAAUCCACUCUAUACCGCCAAUUCCCAUCCCGUGAUGGAAGCGCCGAAGCCAGCCCAAACUGACCAUCCUAUCUCAGAAGUUAAUCUCAAAGACGGCCUUGAAAUCCGAAGCGAUGAUAUUCGACAAGCAACUAGUAUGCGCUUGAAAGACCGCAGCCCCAGGCUGCCGACGCCUACGGCUGUCAGUGACAAGCCAGGCCGUCCGAUUGUAAGCUUUGAUGUCAAUUGGAAGCCGGCAGAGGCUGAUGUGAAGCCAGAAGUGCGAAGAAGAUCACCUUUCGACCGUCGAGCCGCUGAAAGGCAAAGCAUACCUACUCGCUCAGAUUCGACGGAUGUCGCAACCCCUAUCCCAGCCGUUCGCGUUCCUAAUACACCCUCAAUCCAAAUAAAGAGGGCCCCGGCCACCACUGUGCCGACCAUAAACCUCCCAGAUUCUCGGCCGUCGAUCCCAAUAAUCAAUACACCCGACUCAAAGCCCACUAUCCCAAGCAUAAAUUUACCAAAUCCUCAACCAUCUAUUCCCACAAUCAAUCUACCAGAUUCAAAACCAUCUGUCCCCACCAUUAAUCUUCCAGAUGCACCUUCAAUUUCAGUUUCAGCACCCGGCAUCCCGAUAAUCAAUGUCCAAUCUAACACACCUACGUCUAAUGGUCAACGACCCCUGCCUGAUCCGAAAACUGCUGCCGGUCGGUCUCGGCCAAACGGCCAUGCAAUAGCAUCGGCUUCCAGAGGACAUUGGUCCCCAGCCCCUGCUGGUAAGAGAGCGACGGCGACCUGUCACCAAUGCACAUUACCUAUCGAAGGACGGGUUGUGGCUCUUCACGGGAAACCAGAACAUUUCCACCCGGAGUGCUUUAUUUGCUUCACCUGUGGGACCGGCCUCGAAUCUCUAGAGAUUCGAUUCGAACCGCAAGCCAAACGGGCUGAGCGGAUUGACAGAAUCCAGCGCCGAGCCCGCGGGGAGAACAUUCCUGAGAUAGAGGGACAAACAAUAGGAGAAGAUGGAGAUGAGAGGCUCCGCUUUUACUGUCAUCUUGACUGGCAUGAUAAUUAUGCUCCCAAGUGCAAGCACUGCAAGACAGCCAUCAUUGGAGAGCAUACCAUCGCGCUUGGCGAGCACUGGCACUAUGGGCAUUUCUUCUGCGCCGAAUGCGGGGACCCUUUCGAGGCUGGCCAAACCCACAUUGAGAAGGAUGGAUAUGCCUGGUGCUUGGGCUGCCAAACAAAGCGUACAGAGAGGCGAGCUCCCAAAUGCAAGAAAUGUAAGAAGCCUGUUAUCGGUCAAUAUGUUCAGGCAUUGGGUGGUGAAUGGCAUGAUGAAUGCUUCCGCUGCCAUGAGUGCAAGAAUGGAUUUGACGAUGGCUGUUUCUAUCCCAAGGAAGUUGGCGACGAGACCCAUGUUUUGUGUAUCCGGUGUUUGGAGGUGAAAUUGAAGGCCUGA